GACUUACCCAUUCUCUCUUGUCUGAAAUAUGUGUAGGAGUAGCUCUUGGCAACAUAUGAGUUAACAAGGCAGCACGUGUUAAGUUGAGCUAAGUGAGUAAUGCACCUAGUUAAAGUUUUCAAUGCGGCUGCAAUUUGGAGAGUGAGAGAAAGGGGAAAAGCCUGAUCAGGAACUGUGAUUUUGUGAGCUGAACUCGUUUUAAAGGGGGUCAUGAACACAAGCUCAGUGUACAGUUGUGAAAGCAGCAAAACAGGCUGAGUGACUUUUAUGCCGUGGGAGGAAUACUGAUUUCUCAGGCUGGUUUUGGAUGAUCAAGUCAGCUAAGAUGAGGCAAGAUACAAAACUGCUAGUCUCCUGAAGUCAAGCAAAGCUCUCUUACUUCCAGGAUGGUGAUUUUCCAAUUCUAAAUAUUGUAAGUAUCCUUCAAGGAACAUUCCUGGUCCUGGCAAACAUCAUGUGGACUUUACUGGCUCUACUUGAGAUUAGAUUUUUUCAAUAACAGAAAAAAGAACAUGGAUGAUUUAGCCUUAUUUGACAUGUUAAACUGCCCAGUGUGCCUGGAGAAGCUGGACAUCUCGGCCAAGGUACUUCCCUGCCAACACACCUUCUGCAAGCCUUGCCUCCAGAGAAUCUUGAAGUCACACAAGGAGUUGAGGUGUCCCGAAUGUCGAGUCCUGGUCCUCUGCAGCAUUGAAGAGCUUCCAGCCAACUUGCUUUUGAUCCGCUUAUUGGACGGGAUCAGAUUUGGACCCAAUGUGAUGAAGUUUGGCUCACUCCAAAGAUCUGGGGUCCUCUCCUCUCCUGCCUCCAUCAGGCAAGUCCGGGGAGAUCCAACAGCUUUACAACUCAAUCAAUACAGGCUGACUGACAAUCCCAGGAUCCCUAUGGAAGGGGUUCCCCAGGCUAAAGCCUUGUACAGCUAUAGAGGACACAACCCCGGAGACCUGAGGUUCAACAAAGGUGACAUCAUUAUAUUGCACCGUCAGCUGGAUGAAAACUGGUAUCUCGGAGAGAUCAAUGGGGUCAGCGGAGUUUUCCCAACAAACUCUGUGCAAGUUAUCAAACAGUUGCCACAGCCACAACCCCUGUGCAGAGCACUUUAUAACUUUGAUCUGAAGUCCAGGAAUAAAAAUGAAAAAACAGACUGCCUGCCAUUUCACAAGGGUGAUAUAAUCACUGUAAUCAGCCGGGUAGAUGAGAACUGGGCAGAGGGCAAGUUAGGUGACAGAACUGGAAUUUUCCCCAUCUUGUUUGUGGAGCCAAAUAUGACAGCACGGCAACUCCUUCAGACAAGCAAAAGUUUCCAAUCUUCCCCGCUGAAAUGCGCUUCACCUUUGCGAAAAUCCUUGCCCAGAGCGAAAGGCAUGGAGUCACCCACUUUCUGCAAAGGGUCCGAUUCUAGGAGGAAGAACAUGAAACAAUUCUCUAUCACAACGGCCUUAAAUACUCUCAAUAGAAUGGUCCAUUCGCCCACAACACGGCAGACUCUAGACAUCAGCUCUCCUGUGCUCAUUAGCUCCAGCAACCCCUCAGUGGCAACCCAGAACUAUGAGAAAAUAGAAUGCCCAUAUAGCACACCUGUUCAGGUCAGCACUUCCUAUUACUCUGCACCUGGGCCUCUGGGGCAGUCUGCAGCCAUUGUCACCCUUCCCCAUUUACAGCAACACCUAUCAGUGAAUAUGUGUGUUGCUCUGCACUCCUACACAGCUCACAGUCCAGAUGAACUAGAACUGCAAAAAGGAGAAGGCAUUCGUGUUUUGGGGAAAUACCAUGAAGGCUGGCUAAAAGGAAUGUCGUUGGCCACAGGAAAAGUUGGGAUCUUCCCCAGCAAUUACGUCACUCCACUGUUCAGGAGGUCUUCAAGCUUCCCUGAUUCAAGGACACCGUCCAUCUAUGCGACUUGGACAUUAUCCACUUCCUCACUUUCAUCCCAAGGAAGCAUCUCAGAGAACGGCCCAAGGCAAAGCAGACCUUUGAAAUCUGCCUUCAUGCCCACAUCUUUGGCCUCACCUGUGAGGAACCUCUCUGUGCCAGGCACCCCAGGGCAAGCAACAUUGCAGAGGAGAGGACGUGGCAGCAAUAGGAAGAAUGGAUCUUUACAGAAACCUUUGCAACCAGGAGCUCUUAUUCCAUUUGUCAACUCGCUCAAGCGAACUCCUGCCACCCAGACACGACCCCAGCAAUCUCAGAUAUAUCAACAUAUCUCUACUCUGCCUCGAGGGAUUAGCACGACCGACAUAGGAGCCAGGCUGAAUUCUUCCCAUGAUUCUUCAUUAGUGUUAGUGCCCCGAGGUGGAAGCAGCCGAGCUCCUUCUGUGUGUAGCUCAGUAGUAUUGGACACCAAAGAAUUGCCUACAAAAAAUGAUCCAGCUCUAAAGCCACCUGCAUCUGCUCCACCCUCCAUUCUGGUGAAGCCAGACACCUUCAGGAACACCACUGAGAAGCAAGUGAAAACGGUGAGAUUUCAGAACUACAGCCCACCACCAUCCAAGAGACAUAGCUCUCUAUCUUCACCAACCCUCUCCAAUGGCAAACCUGAGCAAGGUGGGGUUCCAGAAGCAAUGCAGCCAGAGACACUCAAGGGCCUUGAAAUAUCAGCUCUCUAUUCCCGGCGUAUUGUUAUCUCUAGUCCAGUUUAUCAAAGGAGGAUGCCGCAUCCCAAGACCUCAUCACUGGACCUUUCUGGCCAGGUUGGCCAGCUGUCCUUUCCUACAAAAAAAAAUGGCAGCAUCUCUGAAAACUGAAAAGUAAUCCAAGCUAAAAUUGCUUACAGAGAAGAAUGACAACAAAUGACCAAAGUGAAGCAAACAACAGCCACCAGAUAUGCCAUACGUCUCAGAUCCAGUCUGCCAACACAAAUUUAAAUCUCACAGAAGUAGGCUGCUGUCAGGAAUCUGUACCACCACUGGCAAUUUAGUGGACGGGAUGCUACUUUUUCUCAUACUGGACAGAAGGGUCUUUUUUGAGUGGGUUUAAUCUACAACUCAAACGGCAAGAGUGCAUCAUGGAUAUGUAUUUUUCUUUAAAUAUGUAUAUUCAUAUGUAUUUAAAUACAGGUUAAUUUGUAACAGAUUGAUGCAAAAUAGAACUCACUUAUGAAUGAAAUAUAAAGCUGACAUGGGCUGAAAAAAGACUGAUCCAUCCAUCCCUGGUGGAAAGCGAUCAUACUGAAGACCACAGUGCCCAUCCAGCUUCCAUCUAGCUCCCCCUGAUCUCUAGCCACUCUUCUGCCUGCCCUCAAUCCCCAUGUGUAGCCAGCAACAUGAUACUACAGGAGGACCAGUCAGUCCCACCCUGCAGAAGGCCUUUCCUCUCCCAAACUCCAUCUGCGUUCUCUUCAGCUGGUCUCAUCUGCACAAUGCUUGCUUACUCCCAGCCUCUCUCAUUCUCUCUGGCUACUUAGCCUCAGCAAUAAGCAGAAUCAGAAUGCCAUAUCAUAUUAACCCAGCUAUGACUGAUGUUUAGAAUAGUGCUAUAUGAUAGAGCUUUGUUUAUUUUGUUCCCACUGCUAGUUCAAAGGCCACGCAUUCCAGCCAAAGUAAGGGAGCAUGAGAUUUUGUGAUGGAACCUGUGGUGUCAUUUCAAUAAAAGUUGGGAGCUAAA